CACUCCCUCAAGUUAAAAGAAACUGAACCGGCUCCUUUUAGCGAGACAAAUUACGGCCUGCAUUAUACCAUGUACAUCUUUUCAGCAUAUAUCAGCAAAGAGGCAUGGCUGGGGAACAAGAGCAUAUUUAAUACUGUGUCAAAAAUAUCUUGUUUUUCAUGAAACAAGUCAUACUUCUCUAUGUACUGACAGUCCAUGAAUUCAUAAAGCCUUUUAAAAAUAACAAGGUCUGGAUGACAUAUAUAGUUAGAAAAGAGGUUAAGACAUGCACUUCUGGCAAAAUAUACCCACUCAGGAAAUAAUCUCCAGGUCAAAUAGAAGUCUGUAAAUUAUUUUUAUAUUAUUAGUCAUUUGCAGGGGUUGAAAAGAGCAAGUCUUACCAUCAGACGUGCCGGCAUAGCCAAAUAAUGUUAAAUCACUUGCAGUGAUGAAGUGAACAACUUGGAUUUCCUCCCUGUAUGGCCCCCAGGUUACAUACACCAGAAAAGAUCUGCCUAAUACACAGGUAAUCAAGUUUCAUGUAAUAUGUCCCAUUCCACGCCCUCAGUUCUGUGGCACUGAUUCAGCAGUGAGUGCCAUUUGUCGUACUGUCACAAGUGAUCUUAAGAGAAAACCUUCUACUGACUUCAGUGAGCCUCAAAGUCGACCCUAAAAGCCAAAGACAAAACUCUGCUCUGCUUCAGUAAGCCUUGAGUUGUAACGCUCCAGCCAAAGGCUCUCAGGUGAAUCAGGCUGGAUCUGGCCCAUACUGCCACAGUAUGCAUGGUCAAUUCAGUGUAUUUUAGCAAGUAUGCAUAAUUCCAGUCUGGAGCACUUGGAAUGCCAUUUGCACACACGUAUAAGAGGACACAGGACUGUUGUUUUUUGAGCUAAGUAUUUGCAGGAAAGACUCAAAUAAGUUCUAUGAAAGGGAGUUUUCUUGGGGAAUCUGCAGUUAACUAAUUAUAUAACAUGGAAAAGCUGAAAUGAUUUUGGCUUUCCAAGGAAAAAUCUAUGUGUUCAACCACAAAGCAAUUACUGGAAGACGAGAAGGAAAGGGGUCAGGGUUUUCAGUGAGAACUGAGCAAAGCAAACCUGCAAACAUGAACCAGACUUUCUCUGUUGCACUUUUAGCAUUUAAAUUUUUAUCCUUUUAUUUUUAAAUCCAGUCAUUACAAGUUCUUGUUCUUUGCAGCAGGGAAUUAUUCCUCAUUUCCAAAAAGGCAGGAGGUUCUGCUGCUAGGGCAGAACAGCUGCCACCCACCAUCCUAACAGCAACUCCACUACCGCUGUGCGCGGACGCGCUCAGCAGUUCAACCAGUGCAAGCUGCAUCUUACUCAUCAGGUGUAUUUCUUGAGCAACAAGGGUAUAUCUAAGCUCAAGUCAUCACAGACAGGCCAAUCACAAUAUUUAUAGUCAAUGCUAGAUACCUUAUACACAACACAGGCUGUUCCCAUUCGCAUCAACCAACCUCCACACCAGCUGCUGGAUUCCUUAUUUCUUACAAUACAGAAAAAGGCUCCCAGUGGAUGAGAUUUUUCAAGGGCAAUCUGUGACCACCUCAGCUUUACAAUCCUUACAGAGUAAAGAGUUAGAAGAACUAGGAUAUUUUUAAUAUAUGUAUACAUGUAUAAACACACACAAUUCCAUCUGUGUGUGUGCAUGUAAGUAUUUAUUUACUUUCAUGUUUUGACACAGCCAUUUACACAAAGGCAGUGACGAACUGUAUCGGUGACCCCUCAUUCUCUAGUGACCAUCUUCUUUGUUUUCUUCCCUUUCGUUGAAAAGCCAAAAUAGCACGUGAGAUAAGACAGGACUUACGAGCCUUUACUGAACACAGAAGUAGCAGGCUCAGGCCUACAAAGACAGUGCUACACCUGAUAUGGUGAAAGCUUUUAUGAGCUGCACAACAGUCACGCUCCUGCUCAAUGGAGCUGUCAGUCUAAGCAGGGAGACCUCAGGGGUGACACACAGACCUAGAUGAAUAAAGGGCCCAGUUACAACAGAGCAUCUCUCCAGCGUAUGACUGAAACCUCAUUUUUCUCGGCUGUGCAGAUAAGUGGUUUGAAUAAUGAGGAUUCAAUAACCUCUACACUAAAGAGACACUCAUACUGUGACACUUUCUGGGGAGACAGAGCCACGGAAGUUACAGAAACUUUAAUAACUUGCAACUUCCCUCCUUAUCAAGUUUCCAACUUCUUUUUCUUUCCCCCCACCUCUCCCUUUCUUGCUUUUCCAGGUUUUUGUUUUUAUUUAUCCAAGAAACUUCCUAGGGCUCCACCCAUCUCCUCGUGCUUGCAAUACUACAAAUGGUGUCUCGGUUACCAGCAAAGUCUGCUUUUCCAAAAACAUGGGUCACAGAAGAGCAGGGCCUGACACACAGAGGUAGAUGUCAAGACAACCCACAGAGAUGCUGCUCUGGGGCAAGGGGGAAGGUGCUGGAUGCUCGUCCUUGCCCCCACCAAAUGGCUCUGCACACCAGAUGGGACGUAUCAGAGCUGAUGUCCCAGUGACCCAGGGACAGCCACACACCAGACCGUGCGGAGUUUCGGAGUUGAUUUUGUUUCAAGAUUUGGAGACGUUUUGAUGGCAAUUGUUAAUACUGAAAAAAUAUUGUAGGAGGUACUUAAUUCAGCCUUUUCACUAUGACACCCUGGGAGCUGGGAGGAAGAGAGAGAUUUUAUAGCAAGGAGGGAUGCAAAAACAUCAGUUUAACAGCUGAACUUGGGAUUUUUCAGUCAACAAUGUGUUACGAAGGCAUCUUCUGCACAGCAAUCACCUUUGAACAAAUUUAUGAACCAAGCUCACCCCAGGACCCUGCCAAAACCUGACAAUAUGAAUUGGAGAACAAUAAUUUAUGUUAUUUUAUUUGUGAGCCUUACUGUAGUCAAAGCCAUGCCUAGAAGUUAUUGGGACAUAGAGGAGAAGAACAGCAUUGGCCAACGUUUUUCUCAGCUGCAGGAGAAUAAUUUUAAAGCCAUUGCCAUGAUCAUGUUUGCUCAGUACGUGCAAGGAGGCACGUUUGGCAAAGCAGUUAAAAUGGCUGAAGAUGUCACAGACCUUGCCAAAAGGUGUGCUGCUGCAGCCAGAGACAACCCGGAUUGUCUGAAGCCAUUGGACAGGAUUUUCCUUGAUACAAUAUGCCAGGAGGAAAAUCUUCCCAGGUUUACUGACUGCUGUGUUAAAAAGGAUCCUGAAAGAAAUCACUGCUUCCUCUCCCUUAAAAAUUCAUCAAGAGGGUUCAUUUCUCCUUUUGAAAAGCUCAAUGCUGAAGCUGCCUGCAAAAAUCACUCACAGCAUCAACAUCCAUUAAGAGGAUAUUUUAUCUACGAGGUUUCCAGAAGGCACCCGUUCCUCUAUGCCCCAACAAUCCUUUCUAUCUCUAUCCGGUAUGAUGAGAUGAUGAGGAACUGCUGCGGAAGUGCCGAAGACCCCACUCACAACCUGGAGGAAUGCUUUCGGAGACAGGCACCAAAGGUGGUAAAGCCAGUAAAAGAAGAUGGCCUGAGGCAGGAACACACAUGUGAAAUCUUGAAGAAGUUUGGAGAAAGGACCUUAAAGGCUCUGAAACUUGCUCAGAUAAGUCAAAAAUUCCCUAAAGCUGAUUUUGUUACUGUUAACAAACUUGUGAUGGAUAUUGCUAACAUGCACAAGGACUGCUGUCGUGGAGAUAUGCUGAACUGUAUGCAUGAUAGGGAGGAGAUUCUACACUAUGUCUGUACCAACCAAGACAUCCUAUCAAGUAAAAUUAAGAAAUGCUGUGAAAAGCCUCUGUUACAAAGAAGUGAAUGCAUAGUUAAUGCAGAAAAUGAUGACAAACCUGCACACUUGUCCCCCCACAUCAGAGAGUUUAUAGAAGACAAAGGAAUAUGUGAACGUUUUGCCCAGGAAAAAGAUAAACACUUAGCCAGGUUUCUCUAUGAGUAUUCCAGGAGACACCCUGAAUUUUCUGUCCAAAUGCUUUUAAGAAUUGGUAAAGGAUACGAGGACCUACUGAAAGAGUGCUGCAAAACCGGCGCUCCGGACGACUGCUGCAGCAGAGGGGAGGAAGAACUGAAGAAACAUAUUUAUGAAACUGAAACCGUCAUGAAGACAAGCUGUGACAUCUACAAGGAGAAAGGAGAUUACUAUUUCCAAAACGAGCUUCUCAUGAGCUUCACCAAGAAGAUGCCUCAGCUGACAUCUGCAGAGCUGAUCAAAUUCACCAAGCAAAUGACUACAAUUGGCUCCAGGUGCUGCCAGCUGAGCCAGGACAAACUACUGCCCUGUGCUGAGGGAAAUCUGGAUCUCGUGCUUGGAGAAAUAUGCAGAAGACACCUGACAGACCCUAUAAACGCCGGAGUUUGCCAGUGCUGCAGUAGCUCCUAUGCUUUCAGGAGGCCAUGCAUGGGGAAACUAGAAACUGAUGAGAACUACGUGCCCUUGUCACUGACUCCUGGUCUCUUCAGUUUCCAUGAAGAUCUGUGUACGACUGAAGAGGAGAAGUUACAGCACAAGAAGCAGGAGAUGCUCAUCAACCUCAUCAAAUACAAGCCCCAGAUCACGCAGGAGCAGCUGGCCUCUGUCACAGCCGCCUUUACUGCCAUGAGGGAACAAUGCUGCAAAGGAGAAGACCAUGAGGCCUGUUUUGUGAAAGAGGGUCCAGAACUUAUCAGAAGAAGUGAAAAAAUGUUGUCAACAUGAAGAGCUUGCAUAGCAUAAUGGAAUAUAGUUGCUGAAUGAUAGCAAGUCACACCAACUUAACUGUGAGCAUAUCUUUCCUAAAUGUUUGUGAAGUAUAACCAGGAACACGUGAUUUGUCAUAGUGGAGGAAACUGUGGUGGCUCUUUACUCACAAAUCUGACGAUGUCAUGCCAGCUACGGUUAUGCCGCUGUCCCAUCUGCCACUGUGAACAAGGUCCCAGAGGUGCCUCAAAAUAAAACAACAAAUUCCCGCA